AAAAACAAUGCAAGAAUCGCUGUAAACUCAUCCUUCAAAAACCAAUCCCUCGCUCAGCUCUGUCGAAAAAUUUGAAAAAAUUAUGGUUCUCAGAAUAUGGCGACAGAAAAAAAAGUUAAAAAAAGUUUUGUUUUGUUUUUUGCAAAAGAUGUAAAGCAGUGUAAACCGGUGAUAUAUUUUCUACUAUCUUUGUUGUUUUAGAAGUAUAUGCAAUUUAUGUAUAUUAUCCUGAUUUUUACAUCCUCUAUUUAUUGUACGUUUCUAGUCUUUUUACUGUCUCAAUAAAGUUUGAUUGAUUAGUAAAAAAAAUAUAUGCUUUGGAAAGUAAGAACAUUUUGUUUCAUUUUCCAGGAGAACACGGGAUGGGUGACUCCUAUGGACAUCUCCAUUUAUCUCCCUUUUAUGAAGUAGAAGAUAACAAUACCACACAAGUUAAUUCAAUAACUCCUAAUGUACCCUCAGUCCUUCACAUCGGACAUCUAUCCACUGAUACCGCUGGUCACAAGAAACCUUCAGUCAAUCAAUCACUGAUUGGCAAAACAAGAACCAAACAGAAAAGUGGAAAACAUUUUAGAAAGAAAUCUAAUCUUUCUUUGCAUGAGAGAAAUCCCAGAGAUAGGUCAUUUUCAUGCUCAGAAUGUGUAAAAUCUUUUACCACGCAAUUAAUUCUAGAUAGACAUCAGAGAACUCACACAGGGGAAAAGCCAUAUUCAUGUUCAAAAUGUGAAAAAUCUUUUUCCACAAAAUUUAUUCUAGUUGGACAUCAGAGAAUUCAUACAGGGGAGAAGCCAUAUUCAUGUCCAGAAUGUGGAAAAUGUUUUAGUCUAAGAUCGAAUCUUGUUGGCCAUCUAAAAAUCCACGUAGGGGAGAAGCCUUUUUUGUGUUCAGAAUGUGGGAAAUGCUUCAAUCGAAAAUCAUCUCUUGUUUAUCAUCAGAAAACUCACGAAAGAGAGAAAUCAUUUCCAUGUUCAGAUUGUGGGAAAUGUUUUAUUCAGAAUUCGGAUCUCCAGAGACAUCAGAGAACUCACACGGGGGAGAAGCCAUUUUCAUGUCCUGAAUGUGGGAAAUGUUUUAGUCGGAAAUCACAUCUUGAGGGACAUCUAAGAAUUCACUUAGGGGAGAAGCCAUUUUCAUGUUCAGGAUGUGGGAAGUCUUUUAGUCAGAAAUCGGAUCUUCAUAGACAUCAAAAAGCUCACACAGGGGAGAAGCCAUAUUCGUGUCCUGAAUGUGGGAAGUGUUUUAGUCUGAAAUCAAAUCUUGUGAGUCAUCUUAAAAUACACUUAGGGGAGAAGCCAUUUUCAUGUUCAGAAUGUGGGAAAUGUUUCAGUCAGAAAUCAUAUCUUGUUAUACAUCAGAGAGCUCACACAGGGGAGAAGUCAUUUAUAUGUCCUGAAUGUGGGAAGUAUUUUGGUGCGAAAUCAUUACUCAUAGAACAUAUAAGAACUCACACAGGGGAGAAGCCAUUUUCAUGCUCAGAAUGUGGGAAGUGUUUUAGUACAAAAUCGUGUCUUGUUAGACAUCAGAAAACUCACACUGGGGAGAAGCCAUUUUCAUGUCUUGAAUGCGGGAAAUGUUUUAGUCAGAAAUCAUGUCUUGUUUCACAUCAGAGAACUCACACAGGAGAGAAGCCGUUUAUGUGUACUGAGUGUUGUAAGUACUUUGGUAGGAAAUCAUUGCUUAUAAAACAUCUAAGAACUCACACAGGGGAGAAGCCAUUCUCAUGUUCAGAAUGUGGGAAAUGUUUUACCUGUGAAUCAGGCCUUAUUCACCAUCGGAAAACUCACUCGCGGGAGAAACCAUUUUCAUGUUCAGAUUGUGGAAAAAGUUUUAGUAAGAAAUCAAAUCUUGUGGAUCAUAUAAGAAUCCACUUAGGGGAGAAGCCAUUUUCAUGUUUAGAAUGUGGAAAAUGUUUUAGUCAGAAAUCUAAUCUUGUGAGCCAUCUAAGAAUCCACUUAAAGGAGAAGCCAUUUUCGUGUCCUGAAUGUGGGAAAUCUUUUAGUCGAAAAUCAAGUCUUGCUAAACAUCAGAGAACUCACUUGGGGGAGAAGGCAUGUUAAUUUUUUGAUGUGAGAAAUGUAAGAGAUGUGGGGCUUCAUUGAAGUAUUUGCUGCCUAUUCAUAUCCCCUUGAGGAUUGGUGUCUUAUUUGUACGGUACAGACAGGAGUACCCAGAAGACCUGUACCAAACUAUUGCGAUAUUAUGAUUGCUCAGCUGUGAUACACAAGUAUCAUCCUGCUUGACCAACAGAGAUCAAUGAUGUGGUGAUCCAAGCUGAUGAGGGAAAGCAACGGCUCAUCCCGUUUGACUUCAUUCACAGAUCAUGAUGGAAAUAUUGAAGAAAAGAUGGUCGGGAUUACAGAAGAUAUUUUAUUUUUUGGGUCAUUUUCCCAUCAGUAGAGUUUUAUCAUAGAACAACAUUAAGGAGAAAGGUUUUAUUAACUUAUUAUGAUUAUUAAACAGAACUCUUUAAACAAUGCUGAACCCAUUAGGUCUGGAAUAAAGUAAAUGCAGCCACUGGAGAUACUAUAUACUGAAAUGAACUGAGCAGAUUAUCAACCCACCCAUUGCUGCUAAAUGUUGUGUCAUCAUGGCCUUAACAGGUGACCGUCACAUCAACUGGAGCCACAGCCACUUAUACUGGAAGUGAUCAGUGGUUACUGGAAAUGUAGAUAUGAUCCACAGAGCUGAAGAUGAAGAGAACUCUACUAUCAGAAUAUUCAUUUUUUAAUAGAUGAUCCAAGAGUGUUGUUACAGUCUGAAAAAACACUCUUUCUUUUGUUGAUUCAAGGCUCCUUUCCAGAGUUAUGAUACUUCUUCAUACUCAUAUUAGGUCUUUGGUAAAAUGAGGGCAUCAUCAUUGCUCUUGUUUACCCAAGCUCCUCUCCUUUCUGUGACCAGCACCUCCCUCACUGCUUUGAUUGAUAAAGCUAGGUAGUGGCAAAGCAGCAAGGGAGCAACAAGAGCAGUGGUGGUGCCCUCAUUGCACCACAGCUCUAAUUUGAACAUUCACACGACCAUAUUUUUGGUCCUCAACCGGUCCACGAAAAUUGCAGAAGCACACCGUGUGCUGUCCACAUCCAUAUGUCCGUUCUGUAGCUCCAAAAAAAAGAUAGAACAUGUCCUAUACAAGGAUAGGCAUUGUUACAUUUUACAGAAAAAACGGAUUCAACAUGGACAUCACACGGACGUAAUCCAUAUUUUUUGCUGAUCCGUGUUUUGCAGACCGCAAAAUUCACACGUUUGUGUGAAUGCAUCCCUAAGGAAAAGUAUCAUAACUCAGAAAUGGAGCCUUGGAUCAACCAAAGAAAAACUGCAUUUUAAUCGAGUCAACCACAGCUAUGUGUCGGUGCAAACAGGGAGGUUGCUGGUGACAGAUUUCCUAUAACAUGGAAUUUAAUUUACUGUUACAAGCUACUACCAUGGAAUGGACAGUUGGUAAGCUCCAGUAUGCCUAUAAUUGUGCCUUGUCUGUGGAUUGUUCACUAUUAAUUCUCAUGAAGAUUCUAAUUUUUAAAUCCUGUCUCUUAAAGUUAACUAAUUGAUUUGUGAAAUUCCUCAUAUACAAGUCACAGCUCAGAAUAUCUGAAAGGAAGUACUUGGGCUUCCAUGAUCCAGGUUCCUUCUGGUUUGGUUGGAGAGGCUUGCAAUGUUGAAUUGAGUUUCCCUCCGCAAUAAUCAUCUUAUUCUGUUCCUAUGGGAUAAAAUUUUCGAAUAUAUUAAAGAGGUUUUCCAAGAUUUUCAUAUCCUGAGGAUAGGUUAUGAAAAUCAGAUCAGGACUCCAAGCACCCUUGCUGAUCAGUUGUAUGAAGAGGCUCUGUGAGCACUGAGGUGUUUUCUUAAGCGUUGUAACAUUGCGUUCAUCGGUCACGUGGCCUAGGAGCAGAUCAGUCCCAUUUAAGUAAAUUAUGCUGAGCUGCGAUACCAAGCACAGCCGGUAUCAAAUGAAUGGUGCUGUGCUUGGUAAAUUGUGAGGAGGCCAUGGCACGUACCUGAGCUCAGGUGUGUCCUCAAACAGCUGGGGAUAUCCUGAGGAUAGAUCAUCAAUAUGAAAAUCUCGUAAGACCUCUUCAAGAGCAAUCAUUCCAUAUUGUUCAUUAUAUUUCACAUUUUUUUUUAUAUAUGUCUAUAUUUUGUUGUAAGGUUUCUUAAAGAAAAUAUAAAACAAUAAAUGUUCUUAAA